AACCGGAAGGCGUGUCACUAAACUCCCAAGUGAUUCAUCUUCUUAAACAUAUACGAUCUUCGCUGUAACUCCUCUGACAGCUAGCAACUGACCAACUCUUCUACGCUCUCAACAAAGCUGGGCAGACAAGACAAGACAGGACAGGGAAGGGGAGAGCUUUAACCUUGGUCUCCCCAGCCGACCCUGAGUAAACCAGCCAGCCAUGGAUGACCGCUCCUCACUUGGAAAAGUCAGCAGCUCUACCGAGUCCGUCGCCACCGUCACCAGUGAGGAGUUUGUUCUGAUACAGUCUAGUGCCGCAGGGUCACCGCAAGGCUCUGAGGGCAAACCAAGACUCAAGAUGUCUUGGAAUGGGAGUGAGCAGCUGGAGAAAGCUAUGGAGGAUGUGUUGGAUGAUGACGAUGAGGUGAAGGUGGAGAAGAGCAAUGUGGAAAAGAUGGAGAAGCACAAGGACGCAGAAGACCGAGUCUUGGAGCCCCGACCUGCACUUAUAGAAACAUGUCCAGCACCAUCCAGCCCCCUGCUGGAGGAGGACAGUGUCCAGUUCAACAAGCUGUCCUACCUUGGCUGCACCUGGGUCAAAGCCCCUCGCAACGAGGCAGAGGCACAGAGGGCUAUGGUCACCCUACGGGCUGAAAGCGCCAUCCCCAUCCCCAUCACCCUGCACGUCCCCUGUGGACCAGACGGCUCCGUCAGGAUUGCGGACCAGGCCUCUGGUACAGAGAUCGCCUCCUUUCCUAUCUACAAGGUGUUGUUCUGUGCUCGUGGAAAGGAGGGUUCAGUGGAAAGUGACUGUUUCUCCUUCACUGAGAGUUACCGGAGCUCUGAGGACUUCCAGAUUCACAUCUUCUCCUGCCACAUCAAAGAGGCUGUCAGUCGUAUCCUGUACAGUUUCUCCACAGCAUUUCGACGUUCUUCCCGGCCGGCAGACAUCAGGGACACGGCGCUGUCCAGUCUGCCUGAUGGUGACCUCUACACCUUCACUGUCACGUUGGAAAUAAAAGAGGAUGAUGGCAAGGGCAACUACAGUCCAGUGCCUAAGGACAGAGAUAAAUUCUACUUCAAGCUGCGACAGGGCGUUCAGAAGAAGGUCGUGGUUUCAGUUCAGCAAAUGUGCAACAAGGAGCUGGGCAUCGAGAGGUGUUUUGGGAUGCUGCUGAGCCCAGGACAGAAAGUCUGCAACAGCGGCAUGCAUCUACUAGACAUGGAGUCGAUGGGAAAGAGCUCUGAUGGGAAGGCCUAUGUGAUCACUGGAAAAUGGAACCCCAACAUGGCGGCCUUCCAGCAGCUGAAUGAAGACGCACCCAAAGAUAAGCAGGUCUACAUGACAGUGGCGGUGGACCUGGUAGUCACUGAGGUGGUGGAGCCAGUUCGCUUUCUGCUGGAGUCUCUGGUCCGGGUAUAUCCAUCAAACGAACGCUUCUGGUACUUCAGCCGCAAGACCUUCAGUGAGACCUUCUAUCUCAAACUCAGACAGCAGACACCAGAGAGGGUGGGUCAGAGCGAUGCUGUUUAUGAGGUGGUGAGUCUUCAGAGGGAGGCAGACAGAAGCAAUGAAGGACAACUGGCCUCGCCCACUGAGGAAGAGGAGGCUGAUGAAGAUAGCGACAGUGAAAUCUCUAGUGGGACAGGAGACGUUUCCAAAGACUGUCCUGAGAAAAUCCUGGAGUCCUGGGGAGGAAUCCUCACCAUAUGGCAUGGGAACCUGUCCACUCGACCAAAGGGUUUGCCCUCGUUGGUUCGUAGCGGCAUUCCCGAGCCACUCAGAGCUGAAGUCUGGCAGCUGCUGGCUGGUUGCCACGACAACCACGACCUGCUUGAGCACUACCGCAUCCUCAUCACUAAGGACUCGGCUCAGGAAGGUGUCAUCACCCGGGACAUUCACCGCACCUUCCCUGCACACGACUACUUCAAGGACUCUGACGGAGAUGGACAGGAUUCACUGUACAAGAUUUGCAAGGCCUACUCUGUCCAUGAUGAAGAAAUUGGUUAUUGCCAGGGUCAGUCAUUCCUCGCUGCUGUUCUUCUGCUGCAUAUGCCAGAGGAACAGGCUUUCUGUGUGUUGGUGAAAAUCAUGCAUCACUACGGCCUGAGAGCUCUUUACAAAAACAACUUUGAGGAUCUUCACUGCAAGUUCUACCAGCUGGAGAGGCUGAUGCAGGAUCAGCUUCCAGACCUGUGGUCCCACUUCCAGGAGCUGAACCUGGAGGCACACAUGUACGCCUCCCAGUGGUUCCUCACCCUCUUCACUGCCAAGUUCCCCCUGUGCAUGGUUUUCCACAUCACUGACCUGCUGCUCUGUGAGGGUCUGAGCAUCAUCUUCAAUGUAGCCCUGGCUCUGCUUAAGACGUCUAAAGAGGACCUCUUGCAGGCGGACUUUGAAGGGGCUCUCAAGUUCUUCAGAGUCCAGCUUCCAAAACGCUACAGAGCUGCGGAAAACGCCCGCAGGCUUAUGGAGCAGGCCUGCAACAUCAAGGUUCCAACGAAAAAGCUGAAGAAGUUUGAGAAAGAAUAUCAAACACUGAGAGAGAGCCAGCUGCAACAAGAAGACCCCAUCGACCGAUUCCAGAGGGAGAACCGUCGUCUUCAGGAGGCCAGUAUGCGACUGGAACAGGAGAAUGACGACUUGGCCCAUGAACUGGUCACCAGCAAGAUUGCCCUUCGGACUGACCUUGACCAGGCAGAAGACAAGGCCGACGUGUUGAACAAAGAGCUGCUGAGCACCAAGCAACGUCUGGUGGAGACGGAGGAGGAGAAGAGACGUCAGGAGGAGGAAACGGCUCAGCUGAAGGAGGUGUUCAGGAGGGAGCUAGAAAAAGCAGAGCUGGAGAUCAAGAAAACCACAGCGAUCAUAACUGAAUAUAAACAGAUCUGCUCCCAGCUGAGCACCAGGCUGGAAAAACAGCAGGCGGCAACAAAAGAAGAGCUGGACAUUGUCAGGAGUAAAGUCAUGGGCUGUGACCACUGUAAGGACCUGUUCACAACCCUGGGCUCCCUUCAGGCCUUGUCCCCCGGCAGAGACAAGACGUCCGGCGAGCCGUUGGACGAGGAGAAGGACGAACUGAAGGAGCAGCUGAGGCACCUGGAGCUCGAGCUGGCUCAGACCAAACUGCAGCUGGUGGAGGCCAAGUGUCGCAUGCAGGAGCUCGAGCACCAGCGGGGAGUUCUGAUGAAUGAGAUCCAGGCGGCCAAGAACUCGUGGUUCAGCAAGACUCUGGGCUCCCUGAAGAGCUCUUCCUCCUCUUCCUCCAGCUCCAGCUCCACAUCCCAGACCCCCUCCUCUCCAAAGGAGGGCCCGGCCUAGAGGACUCUCCCUCCAUCUCUUAUUCCCCUGCAGGAUGCACAUUAGAGCUGAGGAACACAAGUCGAAGAAACAAGCAGCAGAGAAAUGCAGUAUUCCUUUUCCAGCCUCGGGCAAAGCAGAGCUCACCAGCUGCUUGGACUGCAUAUAUCUGAAAACAUGAGGAGGAAACAAGCGGACGACUGGACCUGCCACCCGUCUUCCACAAGUGUUUACGUUUGAAUGAACUAAAAAAUGUCUGUGAGCCUCUCUGCUUCACUGGUGACGAGACAGGAGACGGUGACUUGUCAGUGGGGCUUGACAACCACUGAAUUUAAACUUCAGUGUUGUUUUUUUUAUUUUAUAGGUUCAGUCGUUGCUGACACCGUUUUGUUGAAAUCUCAUUAUAGGAAAGCUGAGUUAACAUAACAUACACAAUGGCAUCCCUCUUGCAGGUGAAUGGUUUAGCUACACCUUGUGACCCGAUAAUGCUACUGCAGAGUCCUAGUCAAUUUCUCUAUAUGCGAUUAUGUUUUAGGUAGCAACAUUCAGUCUAACAAUGUGGACAAUAUUUCAAUGAUAGUGAUAGAGCUCCAGAUGCAGAGAUAUUAUAAGUUUGCCGCAUAUGAAUAUAGUUAUCUACAUUGACCAUCUUCAUCGCAGCAAAGCCACAGACUCUGAAAAAGGAAUACUGCAUUCAGUCUUAAAACAAGGCCGACACAAAAAGUUGUAUUUCUUUAUAGUAAUAUAACGUAAACAAUGUUGUCAUAUAAAUAUGUAUAACUAAUUAUUGAUUUUUGUAAUAAUCUUGUACAGUUCUUUUUUUUUUUUACCGUUUGGAUUUUGAAGGUCAUCUCUCUAGAUGUUGACGUAAGCACAGUGUGUGAUUGAGUCGGUCGAAUCCAAAUGCUGAAGAACCAAAAUGACAACCUGCAGAGAUCUUAAUGUGCUUCAUGUCCCUCCUGUCUUUGUCUGUCAUGGGUUGAAAGGACUCAAGGUGUGCAAUAUCACUCUAAAAUGUAUUGAUAUUUUUUUUUUAUCCCGAUUCCAGCUCAUGCCUGUAAGUAUUUGAUUGGCUUGUUUUGUAUUUCACUACAUACUCUUUUCCCUUUCUGUGGCCGUUCCGUCUUUACAUAGUUCAAUAGGGAUUACUAUAAUACAAUGCCUCACAUCUUCUGUGAUAAUGUGAGGUGCAUGUGUACAAGCUACAUAUACCUUGGUUGUAAAUGUUCAGUUUUGAAAAUGUUUUUAAAUGUAUCCGUCAAUCGAGUUGUUUUAAGUUGCCUCAAUUGUCUCUGGUGUCUGCAAACAGGCAGUGUAGUAGAUAUCAGGGCUCUGAAACUGAAAACUAGAGAUGUGCACUCAGCCAGAUGUGUCUGCAUCGGACAUUGUUGUGUGAUUGAAUCACGACAACCAACAGUUGGCUAACCCCCGUUGAGACUCAAAUUAAACUCACCACGCUGUCUGCCUACAAAGCAGCAGCUGAGAUGAGGUACAGCAGUGUGUGUAGUUCCAUUUACCUUUAAGCCAAAAACACAGUUCUUUUCAUUAGCUGGUUGCCAAAUAUACCACAAACUGUUAUCAGAGUGGCGGUUGGGGGGGUCGGAGAUGCACUCAGCAGUGUUAUCACUUGCGGCCGCUACCGGUCGGGUGCCGUUAAAGUGUGAGUGAUUGAGGAGUGAGCAGGAAGUGGAUGGCUGUAUAAAACGGGCAAUAAAAGGUGUUUUCAGACGGUGUGAGUCAGCGCAACCACGAGAGGUCCUUGAGCACACAGCCACUACUGGGCACCGAAAAUGUCAUUCAGUUUUCUGCAGCAGAAUGCGAGACGCGCCUUGGACAGACACAGAGAUGCACACUCACUGGCUUACUCACACACUCACACACAUGCACACGAUUACAUGGUACUCCUGCCGGAGAUGAAAAUGGCCCUCAAAGAGCCAGAUAAUCCUUUCCAGUAAUCACAGAGAAACUGAGUGUAAUCUGUAAUGUAACGCUGUGCAGAAAAACACACACAAAAUAUUUAAAAUCUUCAUACUCAAUAUUCCCCCGUAGAUACCAGUCAGCACAAUAAAUUAGGUAACUUUAUAGUACAGUGUAUGCUCUAAGUAUCCGUUGCAUAGCACAAUUCAUCCCUAAAUAAAUGCCUAUAAGCAAUAUUAAGUUGCGGUAUUCCCCGUCAUUGCCAAACACCUUCUUUCCCCUUUAAAACAACAGACUUUUUAAUUAAGUCGUUGCGCAAUAAGAACAGCAUAACUUCCCUGUGUCCACGGUGGACAUAUGGCUAACAUUUUAGUAUAUGAUGUAUUGAAUAUUACCCGUCAGCUAAUCUUUUAAGAAGUACAUUAAUUUGUGUACUAAAAAAUAUAGUUACAUAGGACGACUAGUUCCCACUAGCACUUUAACUAGUACUAUGUCGUUAAAAAAAGAUCCAACUGAACACACAAGCUUUAUUGACUAUGAAAGAAAAUCAAUUACAAAUAACAAACACAUUCUUAUUCCAUUGCUGGAUGCUAAUAUCUACAGUGAAUGUGAGGACCACAGCCAGUGAUAAAGGUCACGAGGAGGAUUUUGCUGUCUCUGUUGACAAAUACAACAAUUAGCCAAAUAAAUGCCGUGUUCUGCUUUCACGUGGAUGAGCGGGUGCCGUCAGCAGAGCUGCAGCGCCGCCGCCAAAUGUCCCGCUUUAUUCUCCACUCUGGUUGUCACUGAACUCAGCCUUUGGACUCUGACCAAGCCCAUGUGUACUUGUUUGUAAGUGUGUGUUUUUCGAUGUGUGUAUGUACAAGUGUGUUCUGCACUGUAACUCAAGUGGUGGAAGUUGAAAUGGUUUCUUCUUCUUCACAUGGCUGCCUUUUUGUUUUGUUUUGACGGAAGCUGUUGGCUGAUGAGAGGGAAGCCGUCUGACAGUUUGAAAUAUCAGCGAGUGGCAGCUGUCCCAUAAGAGCCUCCCCUCCGCUCCGUCCCCAGUGGUCUUCCUCUGUGCUCCCAACGCCCCUGAACCAACCUCAUCUGAUCCUAUUGACAGAUCUGCUCAUUCUCAUUGCCUCCCAGUACGACCACUGCUCUCUUAAUGGUCGCCACUGAGCAGCUCUGCUGAAGGAAAUGCGUCAAUGUGAUGGAAAGUGAGAGGGAAGGAAUCCUUGAAUCACAGGUGUGUUUUGCAUUUACAGGACGUUCCUUCUUCCCCAUUCCAUCGUUCUUGUCGGCCACCCCUGUGACGGUUGCAGUACCAAGGCAUACAGCCAGUUUAAUGUCAGAUGUUGCCACGUCUUUUAUGUGCACUAACACAACAUCUGUAUUUUAAACACUAUUUCAAGAUGUGCGUUUGUUUAAAAGUUAUCCUGAGCACAGAACAGUUAUUUUUUUAACUUAUUACUGUCACUGAGAGGACAGCUGCCAAUUUAUAAUCCAGUCUAAUUCAAUUAAUUUCAAUGUAAAAGCAGGCGGUGAGUCUGAUAAGAGGCGUGAUGUGUGUUGUGUUAGUCCUGUUGCACAGAGAGGGAUCGCUCCUCAGCUGGUCCGACUGACACUGUUUGCUGUACAAUAACUCUCUGACAUUAAUAAAUUUCAGUUUUUCUGUUUA